CACACACACACAGUGAGAGAGAUUGCUAGAGCCUCCUCCAGAAAGCAGCAUCAGUCUGAGAGGAUCCGUCACAAACAGCAGCAGAGGCUCUCGUCUGCUCCGUCCAUGGGCUUGAGCGGCGCCGGCGUCCCUGGACUCUGGAUCUGCUCCGUCUCUGACCGCACACUCGUCCAGGAUGAGCUGUAAGGUGGCACUGUGGCUGCUGCUCGCCGGCCUGCUGUGUCUCGCCUCCGCCGGCCGUAAAACCCGACCGCAGGGAUCCAUCCCGUCGCCCUACAAGACCAACUCCAACACCUCCGACCGGCGCGCUCGCAAACAGGAAGUGCUGGCCUCCAGCCAGGAAGCUCUGGUGGUGACAGAGCGCAAGUACCUGAAGAGCGACUGGUGCAAGACACAGCCGCUGCGGCAGACGGUCAGUCAGGAGGGCUGCAAGAGCCGCACCGUCAUCAACCGCUUCUGCUACGGCCAGUGCAACUCCUUCUACAUCCCGCGGCACGUCAGGAAGGAGCAGGAGUCCUUCCAGUCCUGCGCCUUCUGCAGGCCGCAGCGCUUCACCAGCCUCACCGUGGAGCUCGACUGCCCCGACCUGCAGCCGGACAUCCGCUAUCGCAAGAUCCAGCGCGUCAAGCACUGCCGCUGCAUGUCCGUCAGCGUGUCCGAGUCUGGGAAACAGUGAGAUCCUGACCACGUUUCACUGGAAACACCUGCUGCUAAUCUGAGCUGAAAGACUGCAAGGCUUCAGCAUGCCAUCUUAAUUCUGUCCUGCUGGACACUGGUCAAUAUCAGCCACCACUGGUCACUGUCGGUCACCAUUGGUCUCCUACGGUCUCCAUCAGUCACCGUUGGUCACUAUCGGUCAUCAGCAGACAUUAUCGGUCACUACUGGUCUCCACUGGUC